GUUGGACUUCGUGCAAAAACAAAAUAACGCCUUGUCUCGGUCUCGGUACGUCGUUGCGGACCAAAAUAUGAAUAUGAAUCGGUGUUGUGCCUCGUCUUCACAAGCGUUAUACGUCUGCUCGGUCUGCUGUGCUUUAGCUAUUUUCGGUUUCUCGUGCGAUUUGGUUGAUUGUGAGUUUGUG